AAUUUUGGUUUCCAAAGAUUUCAAAAUCCCGCCUUCUGAUUUCAUUUAUUUUUAAAGAAAAUAAAUUUUCAUUACGCUCUCUAAUUUUCAAACAAACAACACCACAUCUUCAGUUUUUCAGAAAGAAAAGAUGGCCGGAAAAGGAGGAAAGGGGCUGACGGCAGGGAAAACUACGAAAGAUAAGGAUAAAGAUAGCAAGAAGCAUCCUAUUUCCCGCUCUUCUCGUGCCGGAAUUCAGUUUCCUGUUGGUAGGAUUCACAGGCAUCUGAAGCAAAGGACAUCAGCACAUGGAAGAGUUGGUGCAACAGCUGCUGUUUACUUAGCUUCAAUUCUGGAGUAUCUGACUGCUGAGGUUCUUGAGCUCGCCGGAAAUGCGAGCAAAGAUCUCAAGGUGAAGAGAAUCACCCCGAGACAUCUGCAGCUUGCCAUUAGAGGAGAUGAAGAACUUGACACUCUCAUCAAGGGCACUAUUGCCGGUGGCGGUGUCAUUCCUCACAUCCAUAAGUCUCUUAUCAACAAAACAACCAAAGAUUGAUCUCAUUUCUCAACUAGUUUUUCUUUAACUUCAGAAUUGUUAGUAUUUGUGUUUAAUGUGACUUAUCUUUGUUAGGGUACUCUAGUUUAGGUUUUUUAAUUGUGUGUUUGUUGGGAGUAUUAAUUUCUAGGACUUCUAUUUGCUUAGUAGUAUAUAAUAUUUGACAUGUAGAUUCUAUUUAGGAUCUGGCAUCUCUAUGUAGAUUUGAAAUGCUGCUGCUUGUUGGAUCUACAACUUUAAAUUUCGUA